GAUUUCCGAGAGCAUAAAAAUUAAUGUCUGACUUGGAAUUAUCAAACCUUUUCCAAUCCUUAGACAUUUCACGAACAUUGGAAAACUUAAUCCAAAUUGAUAAUAUAGAUUCAGGUUUAGAUUCGGGAAAUCAAGUAUCAGAAAAUUCAAAUUGUUUCAAGAUGCCGAACGAAUUCAAACCAGAAUACCUGAAAUGUGUGCCAGAGUUUAAUGGCGACACAAAUGAUUUAGUCGAGUUUCUUAGUUGCGCCGAAAGCAUCGUUAACACGUUCGUUGACGCUAACGAUCCGGGCAACUUCAUUAAUAUUUUCAUAUUAAAAUCCAUUUUAAACAAACUCACCGGAAAUGCACGAAUCGCCGUGAACAUUUCGGGAGUUCAAACCUUUAAUGAGUUAAAAGAAACAUUAAUUCGUAACUUUAGUGACCAGAGAGACGAAGUAUGUCUCAUACGCGAUAUGGUCUUGCUAAAGCAGACGAACGAAACCGCGUUGCAAUAUUACGAUAAAGUAAUAAGUAUUCAAAAUCUAUUAUCGUCGUAUCUGAACGCGCAUGAAUCAAACGACAUUGCUAUAAGAGUAAAAAGAGAGCUAUACAAUAAACUAGCUUUAAAAACCUUCAUGGCCGGUUUGAAAGAGCCAUUGGGGAGCUCAAUUAGAGCAAUGAGACCCGAUAGUAUGCAAAUAGCAUUACAGUACAUUAAUGAAGAGCGCAAUGUACGCUAUUAUCAAAAAGAUACAAUAAAAACAAAUACAAAUGCUAAUUUCCAAAAAGCAAAUCCGCCACCCGGCAAUUUCAACAGAUUUAACACUAAUGAAAACUAUAAACGACCUUUUCAGCCUCAGAAUAAAGUUGUAAAUACGAGACCUUUUAAUGAGCAAGCAAAACCGAGUUUCUCAAAAGACACAAACGUUUUUAAACCAAAUCCGAAUUAUAAACCAAAUCCGGAAACCCCCAUGAGUACCAGCACACGUCAAUCGGUACCGUACGCCAAUUUCUCAAAACCAAAACAAGGGUUUUACAGAACGCAACAAUACCACAACAUUGAAUCAGAAAAUUUAGACUCGUCGCUUGAGUCUAUGUUUCGCGAGGAACCCUUACCUGACGAAGGUAACCCCGAGCAAAAUUCAUACGAUGAAAUCAAUUUCGAGCAAAAUACCGUAAAUUUUCAAGUACUAGCCUCGGAGACCCAAGAGUAAUAGAAAUAAACAAUUGCGACGAUACGAGUAGACUACCGUACGUAAUCUUCCCGGAGUAUGAUAAUUUAAAAUUGCUAGUAGACACAGGUUCAACAACUUCUUUUAUUGAUCCUGAUAUUGCAGAACAAAUCUUUCCAAAAACGAUAAUUUUUGACCCGUUUAUCAUUUCAAAUGCUUUCUCCUCAUCAGCACAUCAGUACAGUGGCCAAAUGCCCGUACCAAAAGUUUUUAAACGACCAAAUGAAUUCAUGAAAUUCAAUUUGUUCAAAUUUCAUAACAUUUUUAAAGGACUAAUUGGCAUUGAUAAUUUAGAGUUCCUCAAUGCAACAAUUGAUGUAAAGAACAAAAAGUUAAUAACGCCAAAUGCCGAAAUUCAAAUUCAUUAUCAGAAAAUCAGUAAAAAAUUAAA